AUGUUUGAUCUAAAUUAUUAUUCCCAUCAACAUCAGAAACAUUCAUGCUCUCAUGAUGAAUUACUUAUUGAUGACGAUGUAUGUGUUUCGUCAGUCCCUGUGGCAUGUUGUUCACACAGGGGCGUAGAAUAUCCCCGGCCGCACUCCACUGGCUCUGGAAGCACCACCUCCACCACCGUCAGCCAGUCAUCUUCAUCCUCUGGACGUGGAUCACUGCCCCCUGUUGGAUGUCCUGGGAACCAGUCACAGGUACCAGAGACGGGUCCUGCCGCUAAUUCAUUUUCUGAGGCGUUGGCUAACAAUGAGCUCAACAGUCAUCAUCUCUGCCAGUAUCGUCUUUACCGUUCCUGUGAACCCUGGAAACCAGCCCACAACUAUCUAAUGGACAGUUCGGACUCUCCUGGAGAAUACAUCAGCUUCUUCAGCGGCUCUGACAUCAGCUGCCUCUCUGCUAUUGGUGGAGAAGUAAUUGACUCCUCCUCAUCCUUUGUGUCAGAGAGUUCUAAGCUCCCCCUCCCACUGGGCCAAGCCAACCUGAAGAUGAACAGUUCCCCAGCGAGUCCCAUAAAGAGACCAGGGGUCCUCUCCAGCACUCACAGUCAGGCUGAUGAUGUCAUCACUGGAAAAUCAACAGAGGUUUAAUGUUGGUUGUUCUGCUGGAGGUGGCUGAGGUGGUUGACUCUGUGCAUGUCAGUCUUCUUCUGGUUCCUGUCUGAGAUGUUUUAAUGCAGCUUAAUAUGUUAUGUGUCGGACGCGGGCGGAAGACCGACCAGCGUUUGAA